AUGAGUUCUAGUACAGCGAAACCUAGUUCCUCCUCCAAACCGAGCCAAGGUGGCUUCGCUGCGAUAGCUCCUAGCAGCCAGGCCAUCUUCCUUGACAAGCUCAACCGCCGAUCGACGCCUGAUUCCGAGGCACUGGCCAGUUCCGACGAUGAUGAGACUCAGAAUCGGCAGGAGGUCCCCCAACCCGUGGUUCCCCCUCAAAAGGUACGGCGCGCUUCUUGGCUGAAUGACACCACCCAGCCUAUCCGCCCGCGUCAGGGUUCAUUCGCCAGCAACUCGAUGUCCCCCACAGCUUCUCACCCCUCCACUCCGUCGGCCGAUACCAACGCAGGCUCCUGGGCUCAGCCAUCCAACAUCAUGGGCCGCGGCCCGGCCCCCGCAGCAUUUCCCUGGGGAACGGCCAUCUGGAACUCGGACCGCAAAGAUCCGCCCUCACGACUGACCGAGGUGUUGCCGUCGCCAACAUCUACAUUGCCCCCGGGCUCGGCAGCUGGAAGCACCUUUUUCGGGGUCGAUGGCGGGUUCGGUCAAACAUCUCCAGGCCUCCGCGAAAACGGGCCUACCUCGCAGAUUCCGUUUGCCAUCCCUCUGCACCCAACACCCAAGACGUACCGCUCGCAGUCGUACUCUGUGGGUCAACUAGACCCGGACAGUACCGCCUCUUCUCUGUCCAGCUCGUCCAUUCUGAACCGCGGCCGUGGCCACCCGCAUUCCGGAUUGCAGCAUCGUCCCUCUCGGCCAAGCAUGCUGACUCGAUGCACCAGAGUGUCGAGGGCUAAGACUAUCGAGAUGCUCACCCGCGAAAACGCCAUGCUCCGGCAGCAACAGCAACAGCAGGCCCAGCAGCAGGCCCAGCAGCAGCAGCAACAGCAACAGCAACAGCAGCAGCAGCAAUAUGCUAGCGCGCGUCAUCGACCCGAGAGCGAAUCCGAUUACGCCUUUGACGAACUCGAUGAGGGUGCCGACAGCGUCGGAUAUGGCCGCGAAAAGGGCUCUGAUCUGACCGAUGAGCCAAACUGGGCUCUGGCAUUUUCUCACGUGCCCACCCGACAAGCAUCCAUCAGCUCCAUCAACGAGUCGCUUGGGCCAUUGGAAACCACGCCCGUGGCUGAGUCCGCGCAGGUGCUUGACUACGGGCUCGGGUAUGCCGAGAACACGGGGUACUCCGCUGGCACCUUUGCCGACGCCUCUAUGCGCUCUUUCCAACAGCGUCAGGCUGCUAUGAUGCCUGAAACGGCCUCUUUCUUCACACCCGGCGGUGGGCUCGCUGCGCCUCCCCAAGGGCUAUCCUUUGGCAACCCUUUUCCCUCGCCAUAUGGUAUGCAACCCCAGUAUGCCAAUCGUGCCCCUUCGCCUCAUAGGAACGUCUACGGCAUGUCGCAACCGCGGCACAACCAGCUGCUUCAUAUUGUGGUCUUCAAGUGUGCUCGAGCAGACGUCUUUUACAUUCAGGAAGGUACCGGCCUGACGGUGAAGCCUGGAGACCUCGUCAUUGUCGAAGCCGAUCGUGGAACUGACCUGGGAACGGUCAUGCGGGACAACGUGGACUGGCAGACGGCGAAAGAACUUAAAGAGCACUAUGCUGAAGAGCAGUACAAAUGGCUCAUGAUGUACUCGCAAAACGCCGCCGCUGCGCAAGAUGGCACAGGCGCCGGUCUCAUGGCUGCCGCCAACGGACUUCAGGGUAGUGCGGUUGGCGGCAUGGACCUCCAAGUUAAGGAACACGGCCUCAACAUGGAAAUUCUCGAUGCCGAAUUCCAAAUGGAUUGGAAGAAAUUGACUUUCUACUAUUUCGCCGACGCAUACAUCAAUUUUAACUCCCUCGUCACCGACCUUUUCAAGAUUUACAAGACCAGGAUCUGGAUGUCCGCUAUCAACCCUGCCUCAUUCGCUAGUCCGACCCUCGGUAUUCAGGCUCCUAGUGGCAUUGGACCAGGCGCCGUUGGUAUUCAGCGUGCUGCGCAGAACCCUGAACGGCGCCAGCAGCAGUCGUCUGCUCCUCAGCAGCAACAGCAGCAGCAGCAGCAGCAGCAGCUUGAGCAGCAGCAUGCCAGCUUCACCGGAGUCAAUCCUGCUGCUCGCGGAUUACCUAACACGUUCAGUUCAUCUGUAGGAGGCGACAGAGGUGUGCCCGCGCCAGGGUCUGGUUACGGUCAGGCACCGCAAUCCGGUUAUCCCUACGCUCACCUCGGUGCUGUCGGCAACACAAAUCGCCAGGCAAAUAUGCCAUACUCAGCCGGCGUCAUGCCGUCGUUGGACACCUACAGCUACCCGCAAUCCGGUGACUAUGCGAUGCGGGGUCGUUUCCAGACGCCACCUCAGGGCUCGACUUCACACGAUUCCAGUAUUUCGACCUUGACACCCACAGGUGACUGGCCUGCUUUCCAGGGCCUCUCGCUGAACACUCGAUGA